AUGCCGCAGCAUCACCCAACGCCUGGUGAAGUGCAGCCGACACCGGACCAUGAGCUGAUAACUGCGCACACCACUUACAAGAAGGCGCCGAAGUGGUCCUUCCCCGGGAGGUUGUCAGGAGACAAGCCAUCUGGUACUGAGGUUGGUCACUACUCCGGUGACGACAAACACCGUGAUAUCAAUGGCCGCUACAAACGCGACCCUUCCUGGAGCAUGCGCUUUCCGAAGGAUUUCAGGAGCUCGUCUCUCCCACCAGGUCCCGGUCGGUACAAUAAUGGCGAUGGAGCGUUGCGCUAUAAGGCCCCAUCUUGGGGCUUCGGAUCCAGCUCGAAGGAGGCCAAUAUCGCUGAUAUUAACGCGAUGCCCAAAGCAAGAGGUUUCCUUGAGAAAGAGACCGGAGCUUCCAAAGAGCAAGCUGUGCCCGAACUAGCCAAUGGCGCAGCCCUUGUCAUAGGAUUCGAAAGGACGAGGAUCAGAGUUCCGCAGACCCCUGUCACUGGAGUGCUGCGCCUGCCUGACUGCUUCAACCAGUCCUGCUUUGUAGUGUGCUUGCACCAACUGCAGGAGCACAAGACCGAGUCAGCAUCUGCGGAGGAUGCAGCACGUACUGCAAAGAAGCAGGAGGAUGGGGAAUUUGGCCACAGUCCGAGAGGGUCUCGGGACACGGACAGGCCUUUCUACACCCACACCCUCGGUCUUACCUAUGUAUCAUCGACGCAGAAGAGGAUGGAAGAGGAGGGCAAAACAACUGCAGAGAAAAUCUUCGUGACGCUAAGCGAUCCGGGUAGUUCUUCUGCUGCCCAGAUUGUGUCAAUUCUGAUAGUCGCGUUCACGGUGACUUCCAUUUGCGGCUUCGUGCUGGAAACGGACAGAACACUGUACGAGAUGAACCCAGACCUCUUUCCACUUGUAGAGGUGAUCUGCACAGUGGUCUUUACAGUAGAAUAUUUAAUGCUUGCACUGACCUGCCGCUUUGUCGGCGUUCCGAUAGUGAAAUUCAUCCUGGCACCCAGCAGCGUUGCAGAUCUCGUGGCUCUUCUCCCUUUCUACGUGGAGGUCGGUCUGCGAUCUGCCGGGUUCACCAACACUGCCGUGCUGAAGUCCUUCAAGGUGGUCCGACUAAUUCGAGUUCUUCGUGUCUUCAAACUAGGUCGCUAUGCUGCCGGCUUGCAGAUCAUGUGGAAGGCCGUAGUGGACUCAAGGCAGGCAAUCUCUGUCUUGCUUUUCCUCUUGGGCAUUGGCGUCGUGAUGUUUUCCAGCACAAUCUUCUACUUGGAGAGGCUGAGUUGUCCGAUGCGCGAUGGUUUUUCUGCCAUAGAGCUGACGGAGUAUCUGGCAGAGUGUAAUGACACUUAUAACCGCGGCGUGUCCCCAUCUCACGGCCUUUGCUGCACGGAGGACAACUCACCCGUGGACUUCCCCAGCAUCGUCACAUCAUGUUGGUGGGCAGUUGUCACGCUGACCUCGCUAGGCUAUGGAGACCUGUAUCCGAAGACGAUUCAGGGCAAAUGUGUAGGAAUGAUGGCAAUGAUCGCCGGUUUGCUGCUGAUUGCGCUGCCCAUUGCAAUCAUCAGCCAGAAGUUCCAGGACAUCUAUGAGGCCAGCGACAAGGAAGAUGCAAAGAAUCGUGCGGCGCAGAGGAUGAAGGGCGCCCCGCAUGAGACCUGGACGCUGAUCCCUGGAUCCGAUGUCAUACGAAGACUGAAGGCCCUGCCCAUCAAGGACGAUCAAGCCCGAGAUGCGACACAGCAGAUGGUCAAAUGCCUGGAGGAGAUGUGGGAGCGGCGCGAAGCUCUGGGAAGGGAGCGAAAGUAUGCACUGACACAGACGAACCGUUUCCACAAGGCCUUUGACAAGUUCGAGACUCAGCAGAGCCGACCGAGAGCCAUGCGCUUCGAGGGAAAGUGA